GCGGCUGGAGGGCGGCGGGCUCGGGCGGACAUGGCGCUGCAGUUCGGCGGGGCGGGCGCGGCGGGCACGGCCGAGGAGCCGGCGUUGGUGGGGGGUAGCUUCGGGGCUGCGGACUCGUUCCCCAAGGACUUCGGCUACGGGGAGGAGGAGGAGGAGGAGGCGGAGCUGGAGGGAGGCCCAGGGCCUGGAGGGCCUGGUGGCGGCGCGGGCGGGCCCGGCGGCGGCGCGGGCGGGGCGGACUCCAAGCCGCGGAUCCUGCUUAUGGGGCUGCGGCGCAGCGGGAAGUCCUCUAUCCAGAAGGUGGUGUUUCACAAAAUGUCUCCCAAUGAGACUCUCUUCUUGGAAAGUACCAACAAGAUCUACAAGGAUGAUAUUUCCAACAGCUCAUUUGUGAAUUUCCAAAUCUGGGAUUUUCCUGGGCAGAUGGACUUUUUUGAUCCAACAUUUGAUUAUGAGAUGAUCUUCAGAGGAACAGGUGCUCUAAUAUAUGUCAUUGAUGCCCAGGAUGACUACAUGGAAGCUCUAACAAGACUCCACAUUACAGUUUCUAAAGCCUACAAGGUCAACCCAGAAAUGAACUUUGAAGUUUUUAUUCAUAAAGUUGAUGGUUUAUCAGAUGACCAUAAAAUUGAAACUCAGAGGGAUAUUCAUCAGAGGGCUAAUGAUGACCUUACAGAUGCUGGGCUUGAAAAACUUCACCUUAGCUUUUAUUUGACCAGUAUCUAUGACCAUUCAAUAUUUGAAGCCUUCAGUAAAGUGGUACAGAAGCUCAUUCCACAAUUGCCAACGCUGGAAAAUCUACUAAAUAUCUUUAUAUCAAAUUCAGGCAUUGAAAAAGCUUUUCUCUUCGACGUAGUCAGCAAAAUCUACAUUGCAACAGACAGUUCCCCUGUGGACAUGCAGUCAUAUGAGCUGUGCUGUGACAUGAUUGAUGUAGUGAUAGAUGUUUCCUGUAUAUAUGGGUUAAAGGAAGAUGGCACUGGCAGUGCUUAUGAUAAAGAGUCCAUGGCAAUAAUCAAGCUCAAUAACACAACAGUCCUGUACUUAAAGGAGGUUACAAAGUUUUUGGCAUUAGUUUGCAUUCUUAGGGAAGAGAGUUUUGAGCGCAAAGGUCUGAUAGACUACAAUUUUCAUUGCUUCCGCAAAGCCAUCCACGAAGUCUUUGAAGUAGGUGUUGCCUCUCACAGAAUCUGCAACCAUCAAUCAAGCGCCUCAAAUAUGAAAGCAGUGACUCACAACGGCACGCCUAGGAACGCAGUCUAGAGGAGAAUUCAAGACCUUGGCUAGACUUGUCAGCUCUUCACUCCAAAGUUUUGUGGGAGGAGGGAAACAGGAGUCUGAAAGCCUGAAGUGUGUUUCACAGCAGAAGAAAAGUAGAGCUAACUGCGAAGCAGCAGCUUUGUAACUUGUGUUGGACAACUGAAACUACUGUUAAAAGACAAAUACAAACCAAAAGAGCUUGAGGCCAGUGGAGUUAGAAACCACCAAGGUUUGGAACCAGCUUUGUUGCAAGUGCAGUGGUUUUUCAGUUUGGAGCCCUGUUUGUAAAAAAAGUCUGUCUCUGACUGAUUUGCCUGGUCAAAACUUAAAAGGUGAAACACUGAAUAAUCACUUGCUCAAUGUUUGUUUGGUUUUUUUAUUAAUCUGUAUAAUAAUAUCCACCUCUGCUUUAAGUUUUACCCUUUUGUCAUUAAGGAAAAAAAAAACAACAACAACAACAAAAAAAAAGAGGUAAUGUUACUCCUUAGCUUGUGAAACUCAGGCUUUUUGUUUUGUGAGGCUGAGCUCACAAAUCAUUCCAGAAGGCAGUUCUUGCUCUCGCCGGCGUGGUGAAUUCUGUCCUUGUUAAGUAGGUGCAAGGUAGAGCUCUGUUCUGCUGAUUUCUCUGUUUGGAGAGCUGACCCGGAGUGUCAUUUAGGAGAUGGAGGUACUUUGCUUUCAGGCCACACUUCUUGGUAUGCCCCCUUCGAGCAAAAGGAAGUAAUAAAACCAGAAAUAAACUACCUGCUCUCUUUUGCAAAGAAACCCCAUGGGUGUCCUGGAACUGUGAUUCAUCCUAUCCACAAAACAACUGCAUGGCUAACUAAACCGGAAUGUCUGCCAUCUGUUGGAAUGAAGCAACCACUCUCACCUAUUCCCAAGCAAAGAAACAGCAGUUACUGACUUGACAGUGGAUCUCUCCGUGUUCUCUGAUGAUCAUUAUGGCAAUUCCUAGGAAAACAUCUGAGGGUGUUACCAUUGCACAGCAGUUAAGUGUCAGAACGUCCUGCUAAUUCUGGACGUUGAAAGGGUGUUGGUUCUGUACUGUGGCAAACACCUUCCUGUUUGUCUCCAUGCAAUCUGAAGAGAGAAGUGUCUUUUCUGGUGUUGUGAAUGCUGCCUUUCAUACUAUGGGAAGUAUAUGUCUAUUGUUUUAAUCUAAUUUAUUGAUAUUAUUAUUACUGCAGAUGUCACACUGUACAUUGGCCUUGCUAUGCAUUAAGCUCAGCUACUGGCCUGUAAAGAUCUUGCCUCUUUUUACCUGUCCCUGUGUGUGUAUAGGUGUUGCAAAGCCACUGGACCAACUAACUAUACAAGUGCCACUAUAAAAGUUUCUGCAAGAUGAACUAUAAGAGAUUCUCUGCAGCUGAUGUAUGUUUGUGGUCAGAAAUAACCAUGGGAUUGCUUCUGUGCUUGUAGAGUCCAUUUUUGUCGACCUAUGUAAAAAUGAAUAUCCACUCAUUAACGUUAGGAUGUACACCUGUGCUGCGUGAAUGUCUUCUCCUUUUUGCUUUAAAGAUGUUGUAUGAUGCUAAAACGCAUAAAGGAUCUGCUCCAAAAGUUAAACCAGGGUCUGGUGGAGACCUGGGAAUUCAAGCCUUCUAGUUCAGUUCUCCUACUAGCAGGGUGUAGUCCUGAACCUUUUUAAGGAGGUGCUGUAGGCUUGUAAGGUUGUGUGUUGUUAGCUUGCAAGCUCUAUCAUGGUGGUGUAGUACUCCAGCUGAGAGGAGAAGUAAUGGGCGAGAGCACAGGAAGGAAUAAACCAUUCCCAUUUGUGCGCUGAGUUUUCCAUGCUCUCAGUUCAAGUGUAUGUUCCUCUCUGUCUUUACUUUCUACAUGAUUUUGUGCUAAUAAAUUGAGAAAGGGUCGAA